AUCUAUGAUAAAACCCAUCAAAGAAUUCACCACCCUUUUUCUCCUCUUCUUCUCUUUUUUCCCCCACAUAUUAUUUUUUUUCCUCCUCUGUAAUUGCCUAGGUUCUGUGCUGUUUUUGAAGAGAGAGAAGAGAGGUAGAGGUAGAUAGAGACCACAGAAAAAAGAGAGAGAGAGAGGGGGGUGAGAAAGAGAGAGAGAGAGUCCUAUGCUGGGGGACUCAGCAGUGUUGGGAACAGGAGGAGGAGGAGGGUCUGCAGAUGCAGUGGUGGCAGCAGGAGGGGGUGCUGUUCAUGACGGUGCUGUUGACGUGGCAGGGGGUGGCGGCGGCGGUGGCGGAGGAUCAAAUUCAGGGGAUGAUGAGAGGGGGAGAGUGGAGGAAGGUGACAGGAGCUUUGGUGGGAACAGGUGGCCGAGACAAGAGACUCUGGCUUUGUUGAAGAUACGGUCGGAUAUGGACGUGGCUUUCAGAGAUGCAAGUGUGAAGGGUCCUUUGUGGGAAGAGGUUUCAAGGAAGCUGGCAGAUCUUGGCUACCACAGAAAUGCCAAGAAGUGCAAAGAGAAGUUCGAGAACGUUUACAAGUACCACAAGAGAACCAAAGAAGGCCGCAGUGGGAAAUCAGAAGGCAAAACUUAUCGCUUCUUUGAUCAAUUACAAGCCCUUGAAAACAACCCUGCAAUUCAUCCUAUCCAAUCCCCAACACCACCACCUUCCAAGCCACCACCAGUAACAACAACAGCACUACCAGCAACACCACUGUCAAUAGUUGUAACAACCACACCCUCUUCAAUAAUGUCUCUUCCCUCGACCACAACGCUGCCAUUGUCACCUGCCACUGUUCCAUCACCAACAACACUCCCUGUGCCUCAAGGCAUUCUCGCCCUCACAACCUCUUCCUUCCCAUCAUCAAACCCUACACCAUACUUCCCAACACAAACACCAAACCCUACAACCAACAACACCAACAGCAAGAACCCUCAAAACACCAUCGCCCCACCUUCUUUCCCCAACAUUCCGACUGAUCUCUUGUCCAAUUCCAGCUCUUCCUCCACCUCUUCGGAGGAAACAACCACGGAGGGAGGGGGAGCAAGACGCAAGAGGAAGAGGAAGUGGAAGGACUUCUUUGAGAGACUCAUGAAGGAAGUGAUAGAGAAACAGGAGGAGCUGCAAAGGAGGUUCCUGGAGGCCAUUGAGAAGAGAGAACAAGAGCGUGUCGCGAGAGAAGAAACGUGGAGAAGGCAAGAGAUGCAAAGGAUCAACAGGGAAAGGGAGAUUCUUGCACAGGAAAGAUCCAUUGCUGCCGCUAAAGACGCUGCUGUUAUGGCAUUUUUGCAGAAGAUGGCCGAACAUCAACAAGAGGAAAAUAAUCUUCAACCAGCAUUGAAUACCAACAACAAUAACAUUAUCUCUAUUGCUGCACAGCAACCGGUGCCACAGGCAACUCCAACACCAACACCACAGCAAAAACAAACAACAACUGUUCCCGAGGCCCCACCAGUGCAGUCCUUGGUCCCACAGCCACAGCAACAUCAGGUGCAGCAACAACAACAACUAGUGAUGACUAAUGUGGAAACCAAUAAAGCUGAUAAUAACGGUGAGAAUUUGAUGAUGGGAGCGAGUUCUUCGCGGUGGCCAAAAGUGGAGGUACAAGCGCUGAUAGAUCUGAGAACAAACCUGGAAACAAAGUACCAGGAAAAUGGACCAAAAGGUCCUCUAUGGGAGGAGAUCUCAGCUUUGAUGAGAAAAAUGGGGUACAACCGGAACGCCAAAAGGUGCAAAGAGAAGUGGGAGAACAUCAACAAGUACUUCAAGAAGGUCAAAGAAAGCAACAAGAAGAGGCCAGAAGAUUCCAAGACCUGUCCCUAUUUUCACCAGUUGGAGGCUCUAUACAAGGAGAAGAACAAGGUGGAGGGCCAAAUGAAGCCGGAGAGCAUGAUGGCACCCCUCAUGGUGCAGCCGGAGCAACAGUGGCCUCCUCAGCAGGUGGUGCCCCCAGAAGUAACCAUGGAAGACGCCCAGAAUGACCCCAUGGACGGGGGGCACCACGAGGAUGGUGAGGAGGAGGAGGAAGAGGAGGACAAGGACAUC